UUAAUUUUUUUUUUUAAAUUCAUGAGAAAUAUGCCGACAACAGAUUUUCCAGAAACGACGUCGUCGUCUUCGCCAUCGAGCUUAAGAUUCUCGAUUUCGAGCCGACGCCGCGACCAGGUCCAUACGAUGGACCCCACCGCACACGAACCCACCCCCCAGGAAAUCGAAUUGGAUUCCUUCCAGAGAAAAGUCUCCGAUCGCUUCCACGACCUGGCUGCGGCGGAUUCCGACGAGCUCCUCUCGAUCCCGUGGCUCCAGAAGCUUCUAGAAGCGUUCCUCUCCUGCCAGGAGGAGUUCCGAUUAAUCGUCUCCAACAAUCGAGCCACCUUGAACAAACCCCCAAUGGACAAAUACAUCUCCGAUUUCUUCGAUCGGAGCGUCAAGGCCCUGGACGUCUGCAACGCCAUACGCGACGGCGUUGAGCAAAUCCGGCAGUGGCAGAAGCACCUCGAGAUCGUCGUGAGCUCGUUCGACGGCGGCGGCAGCCGGAGUAAGAUCAUCAACCAGGGGCAAUUUCGCCGCGCGAAGAAAGCCCUAAUUGAACUGCUGAUCUCGAUGCUCGACGAGAAGGAAUCCGGCGGCGGCACCACCACCACCACGACGACAAUGCCGCACAGAAACCGCUCCUUCGGGCGACACAGCGCGCACGCCGCCUCCGCCGAGCAUAAAUCGUUCGUCCACUUGCGGUCGCUCUCGUGGAGCGUGUCCCGGUCGUGGUCGGCCGCCAGGCAGUUGCUAGCAAUCGGGAACAAUUUAGUCGCGCCGAGGGCUAACGAGAUCACGUCGACGAACGGGCUCAAUUUGGCCGUUUUCACGAUGAACUACGUGCUAUUGUUCGUAAUGUGGGCCCUGGUGGCCGCGAUCCCUUGCCAGGAUCGCGGCCUCCAGACGCAUUUCAAUGUCUCGAGGCAACUUCUGUGGGCCCCACCGAUUCUCUCGCUCCACGAUAGGAUAUUGGAGGAGUCGAAGAAACGGGAGAGGAGGAACGCGUGCGGGUUGUUGAAGGACAUACGGGACGUUGAGAUUUGCGCUAGGUGUAUGAUGAAUGACUUGGCGGACUCGGUUAGGUUCCCGUUGACGGAGGAGAAGGAGAGAGAAAUUAGAGAGAGAGUCGACGAGAUUGAGAGUGUGUACCAAGGUAUAAAGGAUGGGUUGGAUCCUUUGGAGAGAGGGGUUCGAGAAGUGUUCCAUAGGAUUGUGAGGAGUAGGAACGAAGGUCUUGCUUCGAUUGACGCGAGUAAAUAGUUGUUCAUGUUCGAUGAAUUUGGUUUUUUCGUCGGAUUGGAAAGAAAGAUUCCGAUUCUUGUAUUUAUUAGAGAAUAUGUCAUUGUGUAAAUUUGAUUUUGUUAAGGUUUAUAUCCUUGUGUUUUUGUGCAAUGAACUUUUUUUCUCGAUAAAUUCGGUUGCGUAACGUUGAUCUAUAUUCGGUUUAAGAUUGCUUCGCAAUGUACCGAAAGAAGAGUAAAGUAAGCCAACAACAUUCCUAUGA